GCUCCCGUUAAGCCUCACAGAAGAAGAAGAAGAAGAGGAAGAAGAAGUCGUCAUGCUGUACACAGAGUAUGAAGGGGACCUGAACACCGCUGUUACGUUAUUUGACUAACAUGUAACGAGAGCUUUAUAGCUGCUGGUCUAUGAAAAGAAGCUUUGUUUCAGUUAAACUCUCGGACGACAGACUCAGACGAGGCUCCACCACAUGAAAGAGCGUUAACAGGAUGGCGGGGGUGUUCGACAUAGACUUGGAGACGGAGGACAUCAGUGAUGCAGAGGAUGAUGUCUGUGACUUCACCGUGCCAGAACCAGAGAAUGGUCAGAUAGAGGAGGUGGAACUGACCAGUGAGAGCGUCAACAGAGACAGUGAGAGAGUUGGGCCUGACUGCUUUGAGCUUCUUACUGUGCUGGGGAAAGGAGCCUAUGGCAAGGUUUUCCAGGUGAGAAAGGUUCAAGGAGCCCAGAUCGGGAAGAUAUUUGCCAUGAAGGUGCUGAAAAAGGCUAAGAUAGUGUGUAAUGCUAAAGACACUGCUCACACACGAGCAGAGCGGGAGAUCCUGGAGACGGUGAGACACCCGUUCCUCGUGGAUCUGCUCUACGCCUUCCAGACCGGGGGAAAACUCUACCUCAUACUCGAGUGUCUAAGUGGGGGGGAGCUGUUCAUGCAGUUGGAGAAGGAAGGCAUCUUCAUGGAAGACACUGCAUGUUUCUAUCUAGGAGAGAUCACAUUGGCCAUAGGUCACCUCCACUCGAAUGGGAUCAUUUACAGAGACCUCAAACCUGAAAACAUCAUGCUUAAUCACCAAGGUCACAUCAAGCUAACUGACUUUGGCCUCUGUAAGGAAUCGAUUCACGAUGGAUCGGUCACACACACCUUUUGUGGUACCAUAGAAUACAUGGCUCCAGAGAUCCUGACCAGGUUGGGUCACAACAGAGCAGUAGACUGGUGGAGCCUGGGGGCCCUGAUGUAUGAUAUGAUGACUGGAUCUCCUCCAUUCACAGCUGAAAACAGGAAGAAGACCAUUGACAAGAUCUUGAAGUGUAAACUAAAUCUACCCCCAUACCUGACCAUUGAUGCCAGGGACCUCAUUAAGAAGCUGUUGAAGAAGAAUCCAGCCCAGAGACUUUGUUCCAGUAAUUCAGACUGUGCUGAUAUCCAGAAACAUCCUUUCUUCAGGCACAUUAACUGGGAUGAUCUACUUAACAAGAGAGUGGAGCCGCCUUACAAGCCCCAGCUGCACUCGGAUGAGGAUGUGAGCCAGUUUGACGUCAGGUUCACCAGACAGACACCAGUGGACAGUCCUGACGACACCUCACUCGGCCACAGUGCAGAGCUUGCCUUCGCUGGUUUCACCUACGUGGCUCCAUCGGUCCUAGAGAGUCUAAAAGAAGGCUUCUCAUUUGAACCCAGAACACGAGCUGUCCGCCGACACAACAGCAGCCCACGCACACCCAUCAGUCCCCUGAAGUUUUCUUCUGCCGGGCCCUUCAAGUCGAGCACUGAUGGAGAGCUGGACCCCUUCUCUCCCACUUCUCCGCCGUCAGUGCCGGUUUCCAUGUCACUGGAAAACGGAGGUGCCAGUCAGCCAAUCAGGACCCCUGCGAGGAACAAGAAGCAGAAGGGACAUCGGAGAUGAGGAGGAAAGGUUCAGAGUCAGCCUGUGCUGCAAGACCUUGGUCAGAUUAAUGUUUUCUCUCAAAUACAGCAGUUGUUGAGGCACAGAGCUGAAGGUUUUGGUUUUAUUUCUGGUAUCAUGCUUUUUUUGAAGUGGUUUAACUAAGAGCUGUCUGAAAGCCAAAAGCUUUUUUUUCCCUGUCAUAUUCAAAUUAGAAAACUAAAACAGACACAGCUCAUCUUGGGUCUUACUGUCCAGCUUUUCUUAUUUGUCAUAUUGACUGUUUAAAGGUAGAUCACUUCACACAGACUUCACUGGAUCAACAUGGAAUAUUUAUGCUUUAAUUUAUAGACUUUAGAGCCUCAGUUGGAUCACUGAUCACUUCAUUGUGUAAAGCUUCAUUAAAAUAAAUAAGGACUUAAGUAAAAAUAUUAUUUUCAAAUGAGAUCACAAUAAGGACUAUUUUCUACACCACUUUCCCUAAAUGCAUCAUGGGCAGUUAAGGUCACGUAAAUGAUGGACUGACUGCUAAGUUUUAAUUUUGUAUAUACUCUACAUGCUCUAUGUUACAGCUAAAAGUAAGCUGUAAUAUAUGUAAUUUAUGUUUUUCAUUGAAUUAGUUCAUCAGCUUUUAAUUAGUUCAUCAGGCUGACGUUUCAAUUAGAAAACUGAUGAAAGAUAUUUUCAUUGGAUUCUUUUUCAUAAAGGUAGAUAUGUGACAAAGACCUUUAGCCUUCAUAUGCUACAUUGCACACAUGAUAACAUAUUCUUGACUGUCAGGUGAAAAUAUGGAAAAUCUCUGUUCAUGUUUCUUCAUGUCUGCUGCCAAAGGUUUUCCCACUUGCUGUCCUCGUAUUGUAAAAACGGACCAAUCACACUAUGUUAAGGACUUAACAAAAGGGACACGCUGUAUGUAUUCAUUAGGAUCAAUAAGGAGGGUUCACAUAUAAACAAACAGAGGAUCCAUAAAAAACGAACAAUGUACAGUCAAUGCUGGUAAAGUGGUGCUCUCCGAAAACAAUGGAUUAUAUUGUAUAGAAAGAAUAUUUUGGGUUACAGAACAAACCUAUUUUUACACAUAACUUAGGUAAAAUAGUUAUAUUAAAAAUAAUGUGCUUGAUAUUAUGAAUUGUUUGAUUGUCAUUGCCCGACAUAGUCAAACACUUACUCAGAAGUUCGAUGAAUCAUCGGAAGGUUGUGAGGUUCAUGUGAUGCCAACAUUUUCUCAGCAAUGUCAUUUGUUCUUAAAUCAGUGGGUUAUAGAUUGAGAUCAAUCAAACUAAAUCUUGGUACAUUAUUUACAAUAAAUAAAAAAGAAUGUUGCAUUAAUUUUUAGGUACAACAAGAGAACACAGGCAGCUCCUUGAAGCAGCUGAGGCUAAAUGUGUAAAUGUUGUAACUGAAUUCAAGAUAACAGACAUGAUGAAUGGUCAAUGAAUCUAUCAGCUACAUAGCUUUAAUCCAUUGUCUCCACAGUGCAAUGACAUAUGGACAAUUAAAGAUAACAGAGACAGACAGACAGACACGUAUUGUAGCGAUGGGACAAAAUGGGAACAAUGCUGCAGUGCAAAUAUCUCACAUAUUCACAUGAGUAACAGCUGCAGAAGUAAAUGUGUGCUUCUAUUCAUUGGCUAAAUCAUUAGCUUCCUGUCCAUCAUGGUCUGUACUGGAGAAUAAAAUAUUCACUAGGUGUAAACUAUCCUUUGAAUUGUAUACAUGUCUUAAAGUAUGUAUGACAAUAAUGCAUUAGGAAAUAAAUAGUCAGAUGAACAAAUGCAGAUAAAAACCUUGAAAUAGUGAAAUAAUUGAAUGAAGACAUGGCUACAGCAGGAGCAUUCUCAUAUGUCUGUCACUCAGUGGUUCGACCGGUCCACCAGACUAAAUUAUAUGAACAAUUAUUGCAUGAAUUGACAUGAAUAUUGUUGCAGACAUUCAUGCUUCCCUCAGGAUGAAAUGUUUUAAUUGACACUCAAUCUGGCACCAUCAUGUUAAAACAUAAAUUGGACUAAUAAUUUGGUUUCUAACCUGCCAAUCUAAUGACAUUUCCAUCAACCUCAGCCGCUGGUGUCUAGCACAUGUGAUGAAUACAACCUGCUUAACAUCAUCACGUUUGCAGUGUUACAAGGGGUGUUGAUGCAUUCAGCUAAAGAGCACUGCAGUGGUUGCAGACUUGAUUCCACCCUAUGCUCCCUGGUAUUGACUCUAAUGUAAAAACAGAAGAGCAUUUGUAAAUUUAAGAAGAUUGAAACAACUUUUCAUAAUAAUGAUAAAAUCCCUCUUUUAGUGUAUUGGGUUAUUCUACAAUUUCAUGGUUACAUAUUUCUGCAUUUGUUCAGUUGAUCAUUUUAUACUUGUAUAUUUGAUCAUAUUUAUUUAAUUUUGAACUCUUUGGGCUGCCUGUUCCUUUGUUCUUGUUUAGAAAGACAUUCCUCUUUUGCUGCUCUUGUUCUUGUGGAUUUUAGGAAACAGGUGUGACACAGAAGCUCUUCCCCCUCUGCUCCACCAGCCUCUGUCUGGGUCUAUUUGAGGCAGAGUGUGAAUUAUAUUCUGAGUAAUGUCUGUUGUCACACUGCAGUCUGUUAUUGUAUGGGCACUGUACUAGAACAGUUGUACAGAACAAACUGCAGCACAUCAUGAUGUGAUUGUAAACAAGGUAUUCUCACGAGAACACCCCCCCCUCCAAACACACACAAACACACCCACACACCCCAGCCCACCCCACACACACAAUCUCAGUUAUUGAAUUUGCAGCUGGACAGCAGGAACAAGUGCUGAUUGUGUUCACUUCUGUAUAUUUAUUUACAUAACUAAGAGUAAUUGAUUUUUAAUUCAUUAUUUUGAGUGGUUUUAAGUGGUUUAUUCUUUUCUUUCUUGUCAUGUAUAAUUUUUCAUUAACAGACGAAUGUUUAAGAAUAAAAAUGGAUUAAAUGCUGAA